CUGAUGCUGCGCGAGAUGCGACGUCACUUUUAGCGGGGAGUUUGUUGUUCGCGGAAAGCUUCAAAGCCUGAAAGUCUACCAACUACUUUUUUCAGCCGCCGACUGAUAAUUAUAUGUUAUUUAUAGCGUUUUUCCCAUGACACAUACGCUUAUCACCGUAUGUUGGGUGCAGGGAAGGUUCAUAUGAAGAAACUGCUUUAUUCAACGACAAACUAAAGUGGUACCAGCUCUUUGAAGUUUUUCCUUUUUUCCCUUCUGUGUCAGAUGGAGUUGUCUCCUUUGUGCACGGACAGCAUCAGCACAGAGGGAUGUGUUAUCAAACAGGACAGAGGACAGAGGAAAAGCAAAGUCUCAAGAGAUGUGGAAACAGAAAUUGAGAACCUUAACAAAGCUAUCCCUCAGCUGGCCAAGGUGUUCCGCAUCAUUGACAAAAUCGGUGAAGGUACAUUCAGCUCUGUGUUUCUGGGUGAGGCUCAGAUGCAUGAUGGGAGGAGAGAGAUGUUUGCCUUGAAGCACCUCAUCCCAACCAGCCACCCUACACGCAUCGCUGCUGAGCUGCAGUGUCUCACUGUCGCUGGAGGCGAAGAGAGUGUGAUGGGGGCAACAUAUUGUUUCAGGAAGGAGGACCAUGUAGUGAUUGUCAUGCCUUAUAUGGAGCAUCAAGCUAUUGUGGACAUCAUUGGCUCGUUGACUUUUGAAGAGGUCCGUCUGUACAUCUAUCACCUGAUGAAGGCUCUGAAACACGUCCACCAGUUUGGAAUCAUCCACAGAGACAUUAAACCAAACAACUUCCUGUUCAACAGGAAGAGCAAAAUGUAUGCGCUGGUGGACUUCGGCCUGGCUCAGGGAACAGCGGACACACAGAUCGAGCUCCUUAAGGUGGUGAGGCAGAGGGCAGCACAAAAAGGUGGAGGGUCCACAGGGAAACAAGACACACCACAGAGGAGCAAAGCACCACCUAGGCCCCCUCCCAAAACCACCACUACCACAGUCUCCACCUCACUACCUCCACGGCCGUCAACCACCCUACCACAUUCCUCCUCCUCUUCCUCCACCACCUUCUCCUCAGCCACUCGGAGAGUGCUGGUUAAAAAAGCGCGUUCUGUCUCCACCACUGCACCCACCUCCGCCUCUCGUUCCAAGCACACAAAGGAUCUGUCGGGACUGCGCAAACAGCCUCGGCCGGUGUUUGGAGAGAGGAACCUGAACAGCUGCACUCCAGCUGCAGCCACCACUAAACCAGCUGCCAUUAAAGCAGAGACUCUCAUUCAGCUGGUAAAGUCCAGCAAAACAGAGGACCCAGCCAACAGAAAGUACACUGCGGCCGGCAGGGGCCCGCUGCCUGUCAGGACCCAGAGCAGCACUCAGAAGCCUCAGAGGGCCGUACAGCAGGGCCACACCUGCAACUGCUACCAGACGGACCGGGUCUGCAACAUCUGCAUGUCCAGGAAACAACAGGUGGCUCCCAGGGCUGGUACCCCGGGCUUCAGAGCACCAGAAGUCCUCACAAAGUGUCCCAACCAGGGAACAGCUAUAGACGUGUGGUCAGCUGGUGUGAUCCUGCUCUCACUGCUCAGCGGACGCUACCCGUUCUUCAAAGCCAGCGACGACCUGAUCGCCCUCACUCAGAUCAUGACCAUCCGAGGCUCCAGGGAAACCAUCCAGGCCGCCAAGGCUUUCGGUAAGUCGGUGGCGUGCAGCAGGGAUCUGCCUCGGCAGGACCUCAGGACGCUGUGUGAGACCCUCAGGGGGCGGAGGCCAUCUCCAGAUGAAGUCACACCCCUCCCUGAAGCUAACAAAGACUCCAGCACCGCUUGUCAUCACAACAUCCAAGAUGCUACGCCCACACAUCGUCCCUCUGUACAGCACGGAGCAGGAGAAAGCCCUCUCUCUUCUACUCUCCCAGAGGAACCCAGAGACUCAGAAACAGACUGUAAGGUGGAGGUGGAUGAGCGGGGGUGGGACAGAGUUCCUGACGAGGCCUACCACCUGCUGGACCGGCUCCUGGACCUGAACCCUGCAACCAGGAUCACCGCGGCUCAGGCCCUGCAGCACCCCCUCUUCAAAGACCUGUGAAACGUGCUCCUCUUUGGUUCAGGUUUCAUGAACCACAUGCUGCACAGACAACAGUUUUGCUUACAAAGCAGCAGUAGAGUAAAGUUUACAUCUUUGCUCGAGAAACUACCCGACCAAGCUGAUACAUUUCAAACCUUAAAGAUGGAGGUGUUCAACCUCUAAAUGCUUCAUAGAUUUUAAGAUUACUCAUUACUUAUUCAAAGGCCUGCAGUCCAUGGCAGCUAUGUUACUAACUACACUUAUCCUGGGCAUUUUAAAGGGCUCUGCACGUGCACUGUAUAACCAAAAUAAAUUGCACGCGACAAGACAGGAAGAGCGUUGACUUGAGGCAUUAUAUUGAUCGAAUUAUUGGCUUGAACAGUUUUACAACCGAAGGUGCUGAAACCCUCUGUACUUUUUCACUUGGAAGACCAAAAAAAGAACAAUACUUUCUUAUUAUUAACGUGCCUCUUAAAUUCUUGUUGGGGUGAACUUAGCAAGAGGGAAUUCUGUAUGUUUAAUAUUGGCACUAUAUGACAGCAAUACGAGAUGACUGUUUCUAAUGCAAUAAAGAGCUUUUAAUUUAAAAAGGUGCCAAUAAAUUCCAUCUGUAUUUUA